GGUUGAUUAUAAAUAGGGGUCCCUCAUUUCAAGUUUCAUUCACUCACACCACCUCUUAUUGCUCCAAAGCACAAAGCGCAUAAAUCCAAAGAAAGACAGACACAUCUUUGCAUCAAUGGCCACCAAAGUCUACAUUGUUUACUAUUCUAUGUAUGGACACGUUGAGAAGCUGGCUGAAGAGAUUAAAAAGGGAGCUGCAUCUGUGGAAGGAGUAGAAGCUCAACUUUAUCAGGUACCAGAAACACUGCAAGAUGAGGUUCUUGGAAAGAUGGGUGCACCACCAAAGAGCGAAGUACCUAUCAUUACACCCAAUGAGCUUUCUGAUGCUGAUGGUUUACUAUUUGGUUUCCCUACUAGAUUUGGAAUGAUGGCUGCACAGUUCAAAGCAUUUUUAGAUGCAACUGGAGGUUUAUGGAGGACACAGCAGCUAGCAGGGAAACCUGCGGGAAUUUUCUACAGUACAGGAUCUCAAGGAGGUGGACAAGAGACUACCGCCUUGACAGCCAUCACUCAGCUUGUUCACCAUGGAAUGAUGUUUGUGCCAAUUGGGUACACAUUUGGAGCUGGCAUGUUUGAGAUGGAGCAGAUCAAGGGUGGGAGCCCCUAUGGUGCAGGAACUUAUGCCGGGGACGGCACAAGACAACCUUCUGAACUCGAACUACAUCAAGCUUUCCACCAGGGGAAGUACUUUGCCAGCAUUGCCAAGAAGCUAAAGGGAACUACUGCUUGAUUAUGAACUCUGUUCAGUACUCUAUACUUCACAUUUUCUUUGUUACUUAAAUUUCAUGGCAGAAUUUCACUUUCCAGAAUAACUUUGUGCUUUGUUGAAUAUAUAUGUUGUCACAAUAUUACUAAAGAUUGAAGUUUGUAUAUUUAUUGUCAAGGUACAAAACCCAUUUCUAUCAAUAGAGUACAUGACUUGUCUGAAUAA